AUGUAUCCUCGGCCCACUAGUCACUCGACGGCGCUCGGGCCAGGAUGUGCGGGGCCCCAGUUCAUGCUGCCCCCGGGCGCGGCCGAGCACCACGCGUCCCUGCAGCGGCCCGUGGACCACAAGCCCACGUCCGGCGCCCCAGCAUGUGCUGUGGACCCUGCGAUAUUGAAGGAGGCGGAUGACCCGAUCAAGCACACCCUAUCGCCGUACGUGACUGGGACGUCCAUCCUCGCCGUCAGGUACAAGGACGGAGUGGCGAUGGCCGCGGACAUGCUCGGCUCGUACGGGUCCACGAAGCGCUACAAGGGCCUGCAGCGCAUGAUCGAGGUGAACCCGAACUGCGUCGUGGGCGCGUCCGGCGAGGUCAGCGACUUCCAGCAGAUCCAGCGGUACCUCGACGAGCUCUCCACGGCCGACUUCUGCCAGGACGACGGCAUCACGCUGCAGCCCUCCGAGGUCUUCUCCUACCUGACGCGCGUCAUGUACAACCGCCGCAGCAAGAUGAACCCGCUCUGGAACUCCCUCGUCGUCGCGGGCGUGUCCAAGCAGGGCGAGCCCUUCCUCGGCUGCGUGGCCAUGAACGGCACGCACUACCAGUCGCCGCACGUGGCCACGGGCUUCGGCGGGCACCUCGCGGUGCCGCUCUUCCGGGAGGCGCACCGCCCGGACAUGUCCGAGGAGGAGGCCGUCGCGCUGCUGAAGAGCGCGCUGCGGGUGUGCUACUACCGCGACAAACAGAGCAUCAACAAGUUCCAGGUGGCGACGGCGACGGCGGCGGGGGUGAAGAUCUCGGAGCCGUUCGCGCUCGACGUCAAGUGGGACUACCAGGCGUACCACAACCCGACCGCCAUGGCGCCUGGGACCUGGUAG